UGAAUGGUGCUCAAUGAUAUGACCAUUGCACAUAAAGUUACGGUGACACCUCACAAUGUCAGUUAAAUACAAGAAAGAAAGAAAGAAGGAAAGGGCAAUGUCAGAAGUUGUUGUCCGUUUGCUCUUGAAACAUUAUGCAUGGCUUUAUUUAUUUUUGGUACUUCCACUUUUUGUUGGUUAUAUGUCAAUGAUGAAGAAAAGACAAUUGUUCACGAGACACACUCUAGCUUCUCCAUUCAAUAUGGCCGGAAAAAGUAAGAUUUUGUUCAUUGGAGGUACUGGUUACAUCGGAAAGUUCAUCGUUGAAGCUAGUGCUAAAGCUGGUCACGACACAUUUGUCUUGGUCACAGAAUCAACUCUUUCCAAAGCCAAACUCAUUGAUACUUUCAAGAGUUUUGGUGUCACCUUCCUCCAUGGAGAUUUAUAUGAUCAUGAGAGUUUAGUGAAGGCAAUAAAGCAAGUGGAUGUUGUGAUUUCUAUUGUAGGUCAUGCUGUUUUAGCUGAUCAAGUCAACAUCAUUGCUGCUAUCAAGGAAGCUGGCAAUGUCAAGAGAUUCUUUCCCUCUGAAUUUGGGAAUGAUGUAGAUCGUCUCCAUACCGUUGAGCCUGCUAAAACAACAUUUAAUACUAAAAUUCAAAUUCGUCGCGCUGUUGAAGCUGAAGGAAUACCAUUCACUUAUGUUGUCAACUUCUAUUGUGCUGAUUUUUUUCUUCCAAAUUUGGCACAACCUGGACCUGUAGUUGGACCUUCUGCUGGUCCACCCAAAGACAAAGUUAUCAUCUUAGGAGAUGGUAAUGCUAAAGCUGUUUUUAAUAAAGGACUAGACUUUGCUACGUAUACCAUAAAGGCUGUCGAUGAUCCAAAAACACUUAACAAAAUCCUCUACAUCAAGCCUCCACAAAAUAUAAUUACGUUAAACGAGUUGGUAUCCUUGUGGGAGAAGAAAACUGGAAAGAAUCUUGAAAGAAUAUAUGUACCAGGGGAACAAGUUCUCAACAACAUACAAGAAGCCUCGUUUCCAUUGAAUAUGGCAUUAUCGAUAUCUUACCCUGCUUUUGUGAAGGGUGAACAAACUAAUUUUGAAAUUGAUCCAUCAUUUGGAGUAGAGGCAUCAGAGGUUUAUCCUGAUGUUAAAUAUACACCAGUGGAUGAGAUACUCAACCAGUAUGUGUGAAAUUUUAGAGUUCCUUCCUAUUAAGGAGCUUCCUACCUUUAAUUUCUUUGAUGAAUAUUGUUGUUUUCAGAUGCAUGUAAAACAUUUGACAUGUUUCUAUAUUCUAUUUUCGAAAAGUUCCUUUAUUCUCAACUAAU